AUGAGGAUACUCGGGUUCAGUCUCUGGCGAUGGCUACCUGUGCUCCUGGCGCCAAAAGUCAUUAAUCUAGUAUACGCCCUCCCCAACCAAGCAUAUCUUGCAUCCUUCGAGGCACCCGAGAUCCAGCUUAACAAAACUACUGCCAUAAAUUACCAGAUAAACCUUACCAUUGCUGCUUCGACCGUAUCGGAUCUAUCAAUUGUGCUCUGCCAGACGGCGGGUACGGUACUGGAAACAAAUUCAAUUGAUGAGACUAAUUCAUGGAAAGUCUUAAACGUACUUUCUGGAUUCUGUAUCACCAACACAUCACCUCCGCCAGAGACAUGUAAAAAUAAUCCGUACCUUGGUCAUGGCAGUGUACAGCUCAGCGUCUCAAAAGACGCUGCUUUUAACUCUACGGGCGAUGAUUCCCUUAAUAACUUCUUUUUUUGCGUUACUCAUAAGGAUACUACAUCCUCCAUUGAAUGCGAUUAUUCCAGCAAUUUGUUUAACAUCUCUCCUGCCGCGAGUAGCGCAAAGCCAUCCGACACAGAGACGCUUGAUACUAUGCCGCCCUUCUUUCCUCCUCCUAUCCCUAUGAUUGCUACAAUAACAUCAACAAAAAGCACCGUCCUUCAGACACAAACAAUACCAGCCACACUCUCUUCGUCUUCGAAAUCGACAUCUCCCGCCAGCACUUCCUCCGCUCAAAAGAAGCAUCUCUCCACAAGUACCACAAUUGGAAUAGCAUUUGGGGUUUUCAUUGUGCUUGUACUGCUUGGAUUUAUUGCCCUAUUUUUCUAUCGGAGAUCGAGAACGAAUAAGCGAGCUGAGACCGCCCGAUCUCAUAACAAUGAGCCUUUUCUGGACCGUGGACAUCAUGCCGAAAAGGAAAAUGUUGACUCGCCAACAAGCAAUUCAGGCUGGAUAAUGUCACCUACAAGAGGAAUAGAUCAAAGCCAAGACAUGGUAAAAGGCCCAGAGCAGAUUAGAUCAUCUCUCGAGCCAGCAAGCCCAACCAUCACAACAAACAUGACUGGGGGUGAGACAGAAAGCCCGAUGAAUCCUAUUGCCCGUCGAAGUCUAAGCGUCGUAAGCCGUGAAUCUGCGACGAGCGUUGGUGUAAGUCCCAUGCUAAGUCCACGUUCCGGAUCCGGCUAUGAUGCCUUCGGCUGUGCCAGCGAGGAACUGUCCGGUAUAGACAUGGGUAUGAGCUCUGGAAUGAGCUCUGCUGCUCCAUUCCUUCGUGAGGAAGGCAUGAGUCCUGAGGAGAUGGCGCGAUUAGAGGAUGAAGAAAGACGGAUUGAUGCUGCCAUAGCACAAGCUGAAGCAGAACGGGGAAUCAAUCGACGUUAA